AUGGGGAGGUCGCCGUGCUGCUGCCGCGACGCCGACGUGAAGAAGGGGCCAUGGACGGAGGAGGAAGACAAGACGCUGGUGGAGCACAUCCAGAAGCGCGGCGGGAACGUCGGCAGCUGGCGCCGCCUGCCCAAGGCCGCCGGCCUCAACCGCUGCGGCAAGAGCUGCCGCCUCCGCUGGACCAACUACCUCCGCCCCGACAUCAAGCGUGGCAACUUCACUGACGAAGAGGAGCGCCUCAUCAUCACCCUACACGCCGGCCUUGGCAACAAGUGGGCAACGAUCGCGACGCACCUGGAGGGCCGGACGGAUAACGAGAUCAAGAACUACUGGAACACGCACAUCCGCAAGAAGCUCCUACGCAUGGGCGUCGACCCAGUCACGCAUCAGCAGCUGCCACCCGGUCAGAGUCACCACCACCUCAACGCCACCUCCAUCGCCCACCACCCCGGGGCGCUCCUCUGGGCUUCGGCGGCUACAAGCCUCGGCAGCUUGGACACCGGCGCCCUUAUGCAGGCGCAACUUCUACAACAGCUCCUCCAGGUCAUCGGAUCCAACAAUGGCGCCAGCGGCCUCAUCGCCAACCUAGCUGCAGCAAACGCAAUGCUAAACUCAAGCGGUAGCAUGGUUCCGAACCUCUUGCAGGAGCAGGACCAGAUGAACUGCCUGCAGCCGGGUUACCUCUGCAACACCUCCAAUUUUGCAGAGCAGCACGUGCCGCAACAGCAGCUGACCAACGACACGUCUCCGGGAACGAGCUCCUUUGCAGCAGCUAAACAGGCUGACCAGCUCUGCUGUACUGCAACUUCAUUUGCAUCGCAUGAUGUUGCACCCGUGGGUAACUGGUCGCCCGCGCAGGAGUUCGGUGGCUUGCUGGAGCCCAUGAUGGAGCUGCCCGAUCUGUGCUCUCUAGAGAGUGAUUCUUUCUGGAAGGACAUACCGGAGGACAGCUACCGUUUGUAG